UCCCUCUGAGAAAUUGACAGCAGCUGGGUCGCCUGUGUGAGCAAAGCCGAAGGACAGACACGGCAGAAAAUAAAACUCUGCCGCUACAGUGGGCUCCCCUUUCCCCCUUCCCUUCACCGUUUGAGUGUACAUAUCAACAAAGCGACCCAGACGAGCUCUGUGACCCGGUUUCCCCGCUUUCACAGCGGAGCGGUCGGGACUUUUUUCCUCGCGCACCGCAACGUCAGUAGCUUAGCCGAGCUAGCGGACUAGCCGGGUUCAAGCUACACGUAGGAAUUACAAUUAUUCUGCCGAGAGACACUGAAGGAUGUCGGGGAAGGAGCAGAAUAAACAAUCCACCACCGAACGGCUGGUUAAAGCUGUGCCGUACCCUCCCACGACGCGGCUCACCUUGAAAGAGCUGUACGAGGACGGCAAACCCAAAGUGGAACUCUUGAAGAGCCACCUGGUGAAAGAGGGCCGUCUAGAGGAGGAUGCGGCCCUACGCAUCAUCAACGACGGCGCCAACAUCCUCCGCCAAGAGAAGUGCAUGCUUGAGGUUGAGGCUCCUAUCACAGUGUGCGGAGAUGUCCACGGGCAGUUUUUCGACCUGAUGAAGCUCUUUGAGGUUGGGGGUUCCCCACACAACACACGCUAUCUAUUUUUGGGCGACUAUGUGGAUCGAGGGUAUUUUAGUAUCGAGUGUGUGCUCUACCUGUGGGCCCUGAAGAUCAACCACCCGAACACCCUCUUCCUCCUCAGAGGCAACCACGAGUGUCGGCAUCUCACAGAGUACUUCACCUUUAAACAAGAAUGCAAGAUUAAGUACUCGGAGCGCGUGUACGACGCCUGCAUGGUGGCUUUCGACUGCCUUCCCUUGGCCGCUCUGCUCAACCAGCAGUUUCUGUGUGUGCAUGGAGGCCUGUCUCCAGAGAUCACCUGCCUCGACGAUAUACGGAAGUUGGACAGGUUUAAAGAGCCUCCAGCUUUCGGGCCGAUGUGCGACCUGUUGUGGUCCGAUCCUGGCGAGGACUACGGCAGCGAAAAGACCUCCGAGCACUUCUGCCACAACAGUGUGAGAGGAUGCUCAUAUUUCUACAGUUAUCCUGCAGUAUGUGACUUUCUGAUGAAUAAUAACUUGUUGUCAGUUAUAAGAGCACAUGAAGCCCAGGACGCAGGGUAUCGAAUGUACAGGAAAAGUCAGACGACAGGUUUUCCAUCAUUAAUCACAAUCUUCUCAGCACCAAACUACUUAGAUGUGUAUAACAAUAAAGCUGCUGUGUUGAAAUAUGAGAACAAUGUCAUGAAUAUCCGACAGUUCAACUGCUCUCCUCACCCGUACUGGCUGCCCAACUUCAUGGAUGUCUUCACGUGGUCACUGCCCUUCGUCGGGGAGAAAGUUACAGAGAUGCUGGUCAACGUGUUAAACAUCUGCUCGGAUGAUGAGCUCAUGUCAGAGGGAGACGAUACCUGUGAAGGUGGAACCCCGGCGGUCCGCAAGGAAGUGAUACGAAAUAAGAUACGUGCCAUUGGCAAGAUGGCCAGAGUUUUCUCUGUUCUUAGAGAGGAGAACGAGAGCGUGUUGCAGUUAAAGGGCUUGACUCCCACUGGCACGUUGCCUCUGGGUGUGCUAUCAGGAGGCAGACAGACUCUACAGAGCGCCACCGUAGAAGCAGUGGAAGCACGAGCCAUCCAAGGCUUUAAUCCUCAACACAAGAUCCAGAGUUUCGAGGAAGCACGCGGUUUGGACCGGAUAAACGAGCGAAUGCCUCCACGCAAGGACAGCAUUCAACAGGACGGCACUGCCAACUCCAUCAAUGCAGCCAACUCCCCCGACAAGAACGGCACCAACGCGCAAGCGUAGUAACCUCCAACAGCUACCUACUGCUUUCCUUUACCCCCAUCCUUCCUGUCUCUCUUUAUUUUUUUUCUUAUGUCUCUCGCUCUUUGUCUCUCGUCUCAUUCUCUUUUUUUUGGUAGAGGUGAUGCCCCUACAUGCAAAAAUCUCCUGGACUGCCUCAGGGGAGAAAUCGCACAAUACUAUGAAGAGGGCGUAGGGGAAAACAAACCUUGGUUCUUAUUUAUUUAUUGAUAUAGAUGAUAAGAAAUGUAAGAUCUGUAACAGUGGGAAAAUCGAGAUGAAGAAAUACCUGAUGAAUAUUACAUGUGUAUAUAAAAUACAGAAUAAAUAUAUAUAUAUAGACUUAGCAUUGGGGUGGUCAUCUUAGGUAGUUACAAAAAGAAAAAAAUCCAUUUUGUAAAUUUCCAUUUAUAAAUUAGAAAAAUUUCGUUUUCUUUUUUAACAACCAAGAUUGCUCGGCAUAAUUUCUUGUUGAUUUUUUUGCGUGCUUGGCAAGGGACACUUAAGCCCAACAUACUUGCGUAGAGUGCUUAUUUGUGAAUACCUAAGGCAAAUAUGAUACAAUUGUUUAAAUAAAAAGACGGCAACAACGAAAAAAGUCUGUUUUGGAAACAACAUGCCAAUUAUAGCUAUCGCAUUGAUAACUGAAGUGUUUAUAUGUACAUGUACAUUUUCAAGUGUUCCCUUUUUUCAUCGUUUAUAACCAAAACGACACAGAUAGCCUGACAAGUAAAAGUCAUCCCAUAAGACUGGCUGGAUGCUUGAAUGUGUCUGCUUGUGUUUCGGUUAAUCCGUUUAUAUUCGAUCAUGCUGUAAUUUUAUCAGCCCAAGCCGAAUUUUUAGACUUGGCCCAUAUUUCUUAAAUACUAGUUGUAUUGUGUAGUGUAUUAUGGUAAUUAUGGUUACAAGCCUUUAGUUGCACUUAUAUAAUUCUUCAUUCUGCUUCGGCUAUUGAGCGAGUCCCAGUGAAAGUGUGAUAAAACGACAGAGAUGAGCACACAUGCCUUACAUCUUACCAAGCAAUCAGUCAAGGCAGAAGUAGAUAUUCUCCCUUGCCUUUCAUUGCAAAACUUAACUUUUUAGUUGUUUCUACAAGAGGUUUAGUCCACCAAUUGGACACUUGAAAGCCCAUUUAUUGUUUUUUAUUUUCAGUUUGUCUCACGUCAUGCUAGUUCAUGUUUGAAUCUUCAGCGCUAGCAUUUCUAUAGCUCUGCGCUCUUCUUGCUGUAUUCUCUAGAGUGGACCAUUUCCACCCAAAUUUAUAUUGGUUGCUUUACUGUACUGUGUACUUUUUUCUUUUUUUUUUUGAGAAUGCAAAAAUUGUUUACCAUAUUUAACUUUCAGACUUUUUCUUCGUUACCCUCUACUGUAUCUGUCAAGCGAAUUUGUAGUUUCGGUGACUGGGCUAAGACUCAUUCCUGUAAGUUACCCGACUGGUUAUGUGCCAUUUUACUAACUAUAGCAAGACUUCUGUGUGCAGACACACAGCACGUCAUGUAUUUUACAUUUAAUACCGCAAGCAAUUCUGGAUCCAUCUUGCCCAGUACUUCAUUCAGUGGUGCGCAUGCGUCUUCAAGUGAGGAGUGUCGGUGAGGUUUAACCUGCAUGUUAUCCAUACUGUAUUUAAAACGAACUCAUCCAAAGAAAAAAUCAGUGUUUUCAUGUGGCUUGAUCAUUGACGAAAUUCGAUGAUUGUUAAAUGUUUCCUCUUCGUUUGCUUGAGAAGAGACGAGCGCUUCAAUCGGCCAUGUAGUUGUAUAAUCGCUGCAAAGAAAAAAAACAUCAAAGGACAGAAAAAAGCCUCUGAGAUAAUGCUUUACUCUUUGUGAUUUAAAACAAACCUGACGGAGGCGUCCAGGUACCAAAAGUUAAGUAGAUUGUCACGACCCCUUAACCACCUCUUUUGUGUCUAAGUGUUUGUCUCCGUUUUAUGUAAAGAGCCUCUGCAGACUGGUUUUGUUUUCCUCCAUGUUUAAUUUAAAGGGGAUAUCUGCUAUGGUGUGCAAAUGUUGGACGGGGUUUCGGGUGGGAGGGGUGCUGGGGGUUUGGAUAUUGUUCGAUGUAUCUGAAUGGAGUGUUUGGACCAUUGGCCCUGUUUUUAGCAGAGCUUAAUUUUUGACUUCUGUUACAAAUCCCAAACAUAUCUUGAAGAAAAUGUUUAAGCUUUUGACGGAGGACUGUGGGGAGGGGGUUUGUGUCGAAUGCUUGUAUUGCGUGGCCUCUAUAUAAAUCUGGAUUUACAUUGAUGUAUCGCUCCAUUAAAGAUAAAAGAAAAAUGAAAGUAAAAGGAAAUAUAAAAAUGUUGGGAAAAGAA